AUGGAGACUUCUCAGAUCGAGGAUAUGAUUGUCAACUGCGUUGCGCUUGCCUUCAUUCUGAGCAUCGACGAGUUGACGAUGACAAUGCUGCCGGGCAAGACCAAAGAGAUGCUGGAAAUGAUUGAGGGUGGCCAGUUUAGCACGCGACGAAGGCUGACUCUGGCGGAAGAUGCAAUCCUGCACCAGCAAGACAAGAAAUGGAAUGUGCUUUCACCGGGCUUCUAUGGUAUCAUCAUCCCGGCACGGCUAUUGUUCCUACUUGCUGUCACUGCGUUCUUCAUCGGAAACUACUAUUGGGAAGCAUGUCGACGCUUGGACGACGGCUCUUGGGUCUCUCAGGAGAUACACACGCCGAAAAGAGCUCAGCUGCCGUUUCUGAGCUUCCUUUUCGAGCCCUUCCCUGCACUAUUUCCUGUUGCCGUGGAAGAAGAGGCGGCAUGGACAUUUCACGAUUCUUGCCGGCAAGAUUGUCCACAAAGCCUUGUACUGUUGGGCUUCCGUUGA